CUACAUACCCUUCCCCUCACAGUAUGGAUAAGACCCAUCUUUCGAGCACUAAUGACAUCAUAAUGACAAGCUCCACAGGCUCCUACCAGCAAGAACCCCUGACACCACCCAGAUCCGCCCAUCUCCACUCCUCAUCCUCCUCUUUAUCUUCUCCCUCGCCGUCCUCUUCCUCCCCACCCAUGAAGCCAAACCAAGUUGGCCAGGUCAUCCUGUAUGGCGUUCCCAUCGUAUCGCUGGUUAUCGAUCACAACGAGAGACUUUGCUUGGCUCAGAUUUCCAACACACUCCUGAAGAACUAUAGUUAUAAUGAGAUUCACAAUCGGCGCGUGGCGCUGGGCAUCACCUGCGUCCAGUGCACUCCGGUUCAGUUGGAGAUCCUCCGUCGGGCCGGCGCCAUGCCCAUCUCAUCGCGGCGUUGUGGUAUGAUCACCAAGCGUGAAGCCGAGCGCCUCUGCAAGUCCUUCCUGGGAGAGAACGCACCGCCUAAACUGCCCGACAACUUCUCCUUCGAUGUGACACAUGAGUGCGCCUGGGGUAGCCGAGGUAACUUCAUCCCGGCACGCUACAACAGCUCCAGGGCAAAAUGCAUCAAGUGCUCGCUUUGCAACAUGUACUUCUCCCCGAAUAAGUUCAUUUUCCAUUCCCACCGCACGCCGGAAGCCAAGUACACCCAGCCCGACGCCGCCAACUUCAACUCCUGGCGUCGACACCUCAAACUCUCUGACAAAAUCCCAGCUGAUGAGUUAAUCUUCGCAUGGGAAGACGUCAAAGCUAUGUUCAACGGAGGGAGCCGGAAAAGAGCGCUGCCGUCUUCGUCCCAUUGUUCCUCCAUGGGGCCCAUGAAGAAUCUCGCAGGUUCCGUUCACAUGAUGGGGUCUGACCUGGGUGCUCAGAAGAGAUCCCGCUUUGACGACGAUGAUGAUCUGGAUGGAGGCAAUCUGUCUCCCCGUAAGACCUCACGUAGCUACCCUGUCAUCCCCGUCCCGAGCAAAGGCUUCGGCAUGCUGCAGAAGUUCCCCCCCACGUCGCUCUUCCCUUCGCCUUACCCCUUCCCAGCAUUCGGUCUCUGCCAGCAGAAAAAAGAUGACAGUGAUGUUUCAGGUGUGCAGAAAGGAUCAGGGUUGUCAGGUCUGUUAUGGCCCGGCCGCAAAGACACUUUUUAUCCCCCUUUCUGCAUGUUUUGGCCACCAAGAGCGGCGGGAGGAAUCCCUGUCCCUACUUACCUCCAGCCUCAGCCCAGCGCCCUCUCCUCCCUGGCAGACAACCCCUCUCUCAGGCAGGCCUUUUUGGAUCUCUCAGACCACAGCGAGCCUGGAGUAGUAGCUGGCAACGGAAAUAGUAUCAGUGCAACCAUGGCCCCCGGAACUGCCACAGCCAGACCCGGGCUGUUUGACCCAGAGUGUACAACAGUAACCCCUGACCUCCGCCCUGUGACCUCAGAAGGCUGGCUCAAACUUCUGGACACCCCAGCCCUCCAAAGCAGGAAGCCCAGCUACGGCUCAGCCUUCAGGCCCGUCAUUAAGGACGCCGAGAGCAUCGCUAAGCUCCACAGCAACGGGGGAACAGAUGAGGACUUUGUAGUGGCCAGGUCUGAACGCCACCAGCGGCUUUCGCCCAGCAGCAGCUGUAGUUACGGAAGUGAAAGUGGAGGCGAUGUAGAGGCGGAGGGAGUGGAGAGUGAGGAGGAGGGAGAAGUGGAUGUGGAGUCGUCAAAGCAGGAAGAUGAGGAGGAGGAAGGGGGCUUCACAAGCAGGCUGCCACUGACUCAAACCAACCUGUACCACCCUGCGCUAAGCGACAGCCAUGGAGAGGAGAGGGGGAAGGAGAGAGGGAGUGGCGCUGUGUACACCAGCACCUCCCCUCCCUCCUCCUCAGACCCCAUUCAGCAGGGGUCCCCCAGCCUGCCAGCAUCCCCUUCAGCCAGCCUGCCUCUCUCCGGCUCCACCCCGCCUCACCGAGAGGACCCUGCUUACAAAAACGUUCACAAAAAUAGAGAUGAAGGACUACCUGUGUACGCGACCAAAGACAACUCCAACAUUUCUG